CACGUGACGAGCGCAAUUUUCACAAAACCCAUCAUCGAAAAAACAAGCGUUUUUGACACCUGCCAUGAAUCAGCUACACUGCAGUGCAGGGUGUUGAUUCCUAUCGUACUCACAAUUAAGUUGUAAAAUUUGCCAGUGUAAUAAAUACGUAAAAUACACGGGAUAAUCGCACUCGAAACAUACCACUCACAUAUUCCAUGUACCUAGACCUACAUACGACACGUAGGUAGCCAGGUACACCAGUAGGUAAUGGGAGUUGGGAACACUGAAACGAGAAAUGGCAAAGUUUACGAACAGUUGUUCGGUAUAAGUUCGCGAAUAUGAGUCGUUUUUUUGCAGUUUUACUAUUGUUGCUAUACGCAGUGGUUUGUCAGACUGCACCUACAACGGAAUUAGCCAGCUCGAACCCAGCACCGCAUGAUCCUUCGAACCAGCCACCUUCUAUAACUCUAUCACUUCCAACAUCUGGAGUAAUUUUAGAAGAUCCUUCAUCGACACCACCUUCAGUAGAUCAGCCAGAACAACCGUCAUCAGAAUCAACACCACCACUUCAUCAGCCAGAAAUACAAACACCACCUCUUCAGCUAGAAACACAACCACCGGUUCCAGCACCAUUGCCUCAAAUUGCCCAACCACAAACAUACCCUCCGGCAUCACCUCCACCACCACCACCACCCACCCAACCAGACCAACCAGAAAUACAACCAGUUCCCGAACCACCCGUAUGUCCAUCUCCAUUAACGAUGCCCCCGUGCGAGCAACCCGUGCCACCUCCCCAACCCCCUGCUAAGAAAAGAACCGGUUGGAAAAACGGUCUCAUGAACCUGGUGAAUGUUUGCGUUUCAGCCAUAGUCAACAGUUUAACCGAUUUAUACGUGGUAACCGGUGAAAAGCCGCCUAAGAAGUGUAAUCGUAAACGUAAUUACAUAAUCUCGUUUGGCAAGAAGAAACCAUCGUUAUGCGAACAAACCAAUGAACAAAGUGAAAAACCCCGCGUUAAGAAAAAUAGAAACAGUUUCUGGUACAAAGAUUAUCGAACUGAGGCCUCCCCUCGAACUCGGUUCGCUUCAUGCGCAACAGGUCAAGAUGGCGGUACUAAACAGUGUAAUUUCUGCUGCGUCGGCAACGACGUAGUCAAUUGUAGUAACUGUAUAAAUAUCAAUUGUAGCCCUCAGAUUAACUGCUGCUCUUGCGUUAUUAACGUGACCGUCGUCAAUGUGAACCAAUCGUAAUUUUACUCUCGAAUAUCGGAUUUUCGUGUUGAUAAUAAUUAUUGGGAAAUAUACCUACUACGUGGAAAA